GGAUUAUCUCGAGUUGAACUCAACCGAUCGAGUGCUUUGUAUUUCAGCAUAUGAGAGACUUUGAUGGCUCUGAAGUCGAUCGAGACUCUCGUUUUCCCCGUGACGUUGGUGUGGUUACCAUGUACACAUUUAUUACCAUGAAAAUGUAAUAAUGUAUUCGGCUUCAUUUCAACUGUUUCAAAGUCUCCUUUUCCAGGUGAAGACUCCAAGUACAUUGCAUUCGAGUCGAAGGCAGGGGUGAUGGAGAGGAGGAAGUUUUGUUCGAACUCUGGAUGUGCUGUCCGUGUUCCGUCUUCACACUCAUCCAUGUCAGUGUGAGGGGGAACGACCACAGUACCAGGCAAGUGGAAACGGAUGUUUGGCAUGCUUUGAAGGACUACAAAUGGUUCCCCUGGGAAGAUCACUCUACAAAUUGAAGAGCACAUUUCCUCAUACAGCUGUAGGAAAGUGGGGUCUGCCUUGAUUAUUGGAUAAAAUCGCUGGUGUAACUCUUCCAUGUCAAUCUCGUUGCAAGCAGACUUUACUUCUGCGUUUUUAUACUGGACGCAGUUCAAGUGUGCCUCAUCAAGCUCGAAGCUGUACAUGUUCCUGAUGUAGUCAACAACCGGCCUUGUGUGCACGGAGGCAUCAUAUAUGGUGUGAUCACCCCACGAUUUAAGUUUUUUCAUACUAAGUGGUUACCAGUUAAAAGUGGAAAGAAGAUUUUGAUUCCAACUGCACACAAAAUUCGGCAGAUUGAGAAGUGAACGUUUGUAAUAUGAAUGAACUUCGAGGUAGUGCAAAUAAGCUUCUUCCGAGAGUGCACGAUCGCGGUUGUCUGCAUAAACUUGCGGGCGACAUACCUUUGAACCUUCCUAUUUCGAAGGUACCGAAGGUACUUCCGAAGUACGGAAGUACUUUCGUACUUUCGUACAUACGUACGUACGAAGGUACUUUCGUACUUCCGGAAGUGCUUGGUACUUUCGUACUUCCGUACAACGUUGUACGGAACGAUGUACUUUAG